UGCAGAUAGUGGUGGCCGCUGACAGUUGACAGUGCUUGUCUAUGUUCGACAUUUAUGAUGGCUUCUAACUCAUUUUCAGCAUUUUUCAGCGUCUUGUUUUUCUUCACCAUUUGCCUUCCAUGGGUCACCUCUUCCGCUCCGCCCCAAACCAAAGCCAAAGACACGCCGGUACCUCUGUAUCAAGCCCUGCUGACCCGCGUUAGAAGACAAGGCUGUCAGGAUGGGGAAUACCAGCACGAGGGGAAGACCUGCUGCUUCUGUCCUGCUGGACAGCACCUGGUGAACCACUGCACUGAGAAUCAUGGUCAGAACUGCAAGAUCUGCGAGGAUGGGAAAUACAUGAGUCAUCCCAAUAUACAGACUAACUGUGACACCUGCACUUCCUGCUCACACCGCAGUGCCAACCUAGAGGAGAAGGAGCCCUGCACCGUGUACAGGAACCGCGUGUGUCAGUGUAAAGACGGUUUUUACUGCACCACGCCAGGCUGUGUGACCUGCCGUCUUUGUGAAGAGUGCGGUGAUCGAGGUGUCAAGGUAAAAUGUAAAGGCACCGUCAACACAAUCUGCAAUGACCAAAAGCAAGGCACAAAUCCUGCGGCGAUAAUAGUCCCUGUACUGUUUGCAGUUGUUGUAGCUGCUCUUCUAGUUGUUCUUUACCUCCGCUGGAAGAAGAAACUCUGUUGGCAGGAAGACGACGCAUCAUAUGACGUGACCAAUAAACCAGCUGAAGUAACAUUUCUGUACAAGGAGGUACAGGUCUUGGAGCUACUUCCAGGCGUGGAUCUCUUUCCUUUCCUACCUGAAAUUGCAAAUCUUAUGGAAUGGACUGUUAUGAGGGAUGUGGCAGUACGUAGUGGCAUGCCACUCACUGCUAUUGACGUUCAUGAGGAGAACCACCCACGUGAUCGCAGGGAGCAGAUUUUUCAUCUACUGCGCGAAUGGGUGGAGAGGGAGGGCAAGGAGGCCUCAAAGCAGCUGGUAAAGACGCUCCAAGAUAUGGGAAAAAGGAACACAGCUGAGGCGGUGGUGGCCAUAAUUAAUAGUAAUGGGAAUGCCGGUGGGAAUGUUUGACCAUGCUUGUGUGAUUUUGUCUACUGUAAAUAGUAUUGUAUAUAUCUACAUUUUUUUCUAUUUCAGUACCUAUCCUACCUACAUUGUUACCUAUGAAUUAUUAUAUUAAACAACAAGUUCAACAAGUUUACAUAUUGUAAUUAAUUUAGAUUAUGUAUAAUAAUGUUGUAUAAUAAUAUGUAAUACAUAGGUAAUCAUUUAGGAUUUCAGGGAGGUUUUUUUUGUGAGUUUUGCUGCUUACACUUGCACUUGGUAAACCUUAGGAAUAUGCUUUAAGGUUGGAUUGGGGAUUAUUGUAUUUAAUCAUGGUGAUACAGGGGGACGGCAUGCAGAUGUGAAGUAAUUUGUAUAUAAUUUGUAUUUUUAUUUUAGCAGAUAGCACGAAAUUCUACAAUGUCGUUUUGUUGUUGUGUCUUGCUGUUUCACAGGCCGUUAAAGCUGCAAUAAAUGAAAGACACUACAAAGUGACUUUCCAGAAUCAUCAAUCUCACCAGAGCUGAUGGGUCCAUUGUUAUUCCCUCAAACUUAAAAGGGCACUUUAAAGUGAGCCAUCACCCUGUGGCAGUCAGCAGUCACUAUAAUGUCCUUGAACAGUGUAAUAAUCCUAACAACACAAGGAAAAGCUCACAUUUGUAUAUAAAUGUGAGUUUUGGUCCUUGGUCUUGAAUGCUUUGUCCUGUUGUUACAAGCACCUCUGGGCAUCACAUUUCUUUAUGUUCAGUUUUGUUUUUGUUUUUGUCUUCUUUUUUUUUUUUUUUAAGACAGUCACUGUUACUUGAAAAAAGAUGAACGGGAAACUGUGAGAAUCUGGAGUCUCUCACUGAGUGGCCUGCAAUGUAUUUCUCCUAAGUCAAUCAAUCACUUUUGCUGCAGAAAAAAAAGUAGUUGGAGUAGGAGAGAGAAAAAAAUCUUUCUUUCUUUCAUCGAAUUCUCAUUUGCUCUGAAUGUCUAGAUUUUUUAUACAGUCAGUGUUUGUAAGCAGUGGUAUUUUUGGACAUGAUAAAAAAAAUAUAUAUAUAUUUUUUUUUUAUGUCUAUACAUGUUACCUAACAUUGCAUGCAUUUGAGCAGGAUUAAACUGAAGUGGCACUGUAAUGAAAUAAAGAUAUAAAAACAAA